AUCGGUGGCCGAGCGCUUUCUUCAGCCGGUCUGUAUCUCCUCCCCUCGUCUCUUCCCGCCAAGUGUGAGCGAGGCUCGUCCAGCCAUCUGAUCUUCCCGCUGCGCCAUCUCAGCCGCCGGCCCGAGCACACAGGUCUUCAAACAUGUCUUCUGAUGUAUCGGAUAGCCUGACAAAAGAGGAAAUUGAUGCUGUUGAACAGGCAACAGAGGAGAAAGUUAUUGAUGAAGCUGCUAAUGGAAGUGAAGGAGGAGAAAAUGAAGAGGAGGAGGAAGAUGAGGAGGAAGAUGAUGAUGACAAAAAAGAAAAAAGUCUAAUUGUUGAGGGUAAAAGAGAAAAGAAAAAGGUGGAGCGAUUAAGCUUGGAAAUGACUGUUGUAAAGAAGGAGCCAGUCCUAACUGAAGGAAAGGGUCAAAAAUUGCAUGAUAUAGAACGCAUCUACUACUUCUUGAAGAAGAAGAAAUGUGAGGAGUUACGACUUUUGCAUCGCCUACUUUUUAAUCGCCCAGGCACAGUUAACCUAAUAAAAAAGAAUAUUGGCCAGUUCAAUGGAUUUGCAUUUGAGGCUGGAAGUGACCAGCACAAAAAGAAGGAAGAGAUGCUUAAAAAGUUUAAAAAGAGCGAUUUGAAAAAUAUUUGUGGCAUUCUUGAUCUAGAAAAGUCUGGUGCAAACAUCGAGUUAGUUUCUAGGAUUCUAAAUUUCCUCUUGGAGCCCAAGUCUACAGGAAAAUCCUUGCCAAAAUCCAAAUCAAAGACUCCAAAGGGCGGUAAAAAAGAACGUAGCAGUUCAGGCUCAGCACGGAAAUCCAAAAGCCGUAAAUCCAAUGUGAUUUUGUCUGAUGAGUCUAGCAGUGAAGAUGAGAAAAAAGGUAAAGAGUCUUCAGAGGAAGAAAAAGAAAGUGAAGAGGAAGAAGAGCCACCAAAGAAAAUUGCAAAAAAAGAAAAGGCCAAACCCAAAUCAACACCCAAGAGUAAGAAAGCCUCAAAAUCUGCACAUGUAAAGAAGGCAGACAGCAGUACUACAAACAAGAAGAGCCAAGGCAGUUCCAAAAAAGGUAAACUUUGUCGUCUGAGCAGUGGUUUGGCAAUCCUCCAGGAGCAUAGCCUACUGGUUGUGAAUCAUGGGAAUUUAUACACGGCAGGAGAACUUCUGGAUUGCUCCCUGUUGCAGCUCAGGAUCUUUGGUGAAGGAAUGUUCAGAGAAAACCAUAGCCGUGAGGUGUUGGAGGUCAUAUGUUUGCUGAGCUUUAGCUGGUACAUGAUCAAGAAGAUGAAAAAACCACCCACUGAUGAAGAAAUCCGAGAAACCGUGAAAAAGCUUUUGGCAGAAGCAAAUCUUGAAGAAGUCACAAUGAAACAAAUCUGCAAAAAGGUAAAUGAGAGUUAUCCUACUCACGACUUGUCCUCAAGAAAAAACUUAAUCAAGACUACAGUUAAAGAGCUUAUUUCAUGAUUCUCUGGAGGACUUUAUUUUUUACUUGGAAAAUACAUGGACUGUUGGAAUAUACGCAUUCAGAUCCCAAGCUCUGAGAAUCUGACACCAGCAAAAGUGUAUUUGUUUUUACCACUUUGGGUACAGUGUAUUUUUAAGCAAAUUUUUGCUUUUUUGAGUUUAAAGGCCUAUGUAAAUUGCUUAAUUAAAACCUAUUUUUACAGUAAUUUCCAACUGUACUUUUAGCUAUCCUCAUGUGCUUCUUUUUAUAUUUUUCCAUCCUAUAGUUUUUAAAUCCUUCUAUUCACAUUGCCCCUGGAAGACAGCAGGCACUUGACUUGGUGCUUUUUGCUAUAUUGCAGCAAGCAGAUUAAAGGAAACCAGUUCUCAUAGCGUACCCAGGCUGCUUUUGUUGACCUCCUCCUUGUAAAAAUACUAGUGUGUUGGCUGUCAUUCUGACCCAGUAGAUUUAGUACUCUCCAUGACCUGA